GGUAGCUGAGAGAGGGGGGGCAAAGAAGCAUCUCUCCCACGAGUGAUUUGUGUCAGGGCAAGACAACGAGCGAAGAAGCGGGCAUUGUUUCAUCAGACGGCCGAAUCAAGGUCGCUUUCUUCUUCCUCUUUCGGCCUCCUCCUGCUAAAUGUUCCCGAGACCUAUCUGGGAGGAGCCGCUGGCCGAAGAAUUCUGUCGGGACGAGGAUGUGUCAACCAGGAACACUGGCGCGCUCGCCAGGGGUAAAUAUCCCGCUGGGAAGGUUUCUCGCGGGAGGGAACAGUUAAAGAGAACCUCUAUUGUCCAUGCAGAACAUGGAUUCCCAGCACCGGAUGCAGGUCGUUGAUCCUAGAUCCGAAGAUCGUGGGCUGUCAGGCACGGAAAGUUGUGAUGGUUCUCCUUGGGAGGUCUCUAAUUGGCAGCGAUCCAAGAACCAACACUGGGUGGGCGUUUCAGGACCGCGACCAGUGCACCAGGUUUCACAUGACGAACCCCACGUGAAGCGCCAGCUUUUCCCACCUUUAACAGUGACCAGGACUGUGUGCCGACCUAGGCCAUCAAGAGCUGCGCGAGCAGCAACUCGAAACCUCUGGCGUCCUUUGUCUGCGUGGGUGCAAUCCACUCCCGGUUUCAACAGCCCCCUUCCGGGAAGAAUAGUCGCGAAUCUCAUAUAAUCGUUACCGAUAAUGUUUAAUGUGGUUUACGCAGGCUAGCUUCAACGGGCGAGAGGACGCCUUGCACGUCCCGAAUUGGCCAUCUGAGACGGAUUUCUGAUGCUUCAAGUGCUUUGACUUACUGGCAAUAUGACACGAGCACGGUGACCACCUGCGAGGGUUGCAUGCAUCUCAGGGGGGCUCCGCGACCCCAAAGCGGUACUUCUGUGCAAAGUAUCAAAUAGUUCGCAGACAACCCCGUACAGGGGAAAGUGCCGACGUCCGCACAGGCCAGGGUACAUCUUCAGAAGUUCCUCAGGAAAAUUCUCCUUGCGGAGCAGUUCUCUUCUAAAAAUAAGAAGCAUCGCGUGGAACUCAAGCGUGCGUCAGGCCGAAACAUGGAGUGAUCUGGAAUUGGGUACCUGAGCUGCAACAAAACUCCCCCCGCUCCCCCUCCGAAAGUGGAAAAAUGCGCAAGCCCAAGACAAAACAUAAAUUGCCUCCUUUGUCCUCGAUUUGAAGCAACUCUCCCCAAGGCUAAGACGGAAUGGAAGCCAGCUUUUCGGCACCGAUUCGCGUCGCAGUUUCAAAUCGCAGGGUUGUUUGAUCGCCCCCGUGCCCACUGCCGUAUCAAUCUUAGCGACUGAGGCUUUGCGAGGCUGUGUCCCGAUUCACUUGAAGGCCUCCCCCAAAGAGGCCAUCCGUAACUAUGGGGGUUUCGAGCGCCAUUCCUCUCCCAUGCAGACAUUGGCACGUCAAGGUUGGAGCUGGAGAAACCGGCUGCGAAUUCGACCGCAACCGCACUGCGACGGCUGGAUCGGGCAAGCAGCUGCGCGCCAGUUUUUAAAUUACUAGGGGUAUCGCCAUGCCGUCGACCAGCCGU